UGUCGCAAUGUUAGGGGUAGAAAACUCUGGGUUUGCGACCGUAGCUUUCGUUUUCCGGCCAAUAGAGAGCCGCCUGAAGCCUGGUUGGGGUGGUGAGGCACGAGGCAGCUUCUGGAAUUUCUGAGCAGCCCUGGUCAGUACAAGAUGGACCCAGUAGUCUUGAGUUACAUGGACAGUCUACUGCGGCAAUCAGAUGUCUCACUACUGGAUCCUCCAAGCUGGCUCAAUGACCAUAUUAUUGGGUUUGCCUUUGAGUACUUUGCCAACAGUCAGUUUCAUGACUGCUCUGACCAUGUCUGCUUCAUCAGCCCUGAAGUCACCCAGUUCAUCAAGUGCACUGGCAACCCAGCAGAGAUCGCCGUGUUCCUUGAACCCUUGGACCUCCCUCACAAGAGAGUUGUAUUUUUAGCCAUCAAUGAUAAUUCCAACCAGGCAGCUGGGGGAACCCAUUGGAGUUUGUUGGUUUAUCUCCAAGAUAAAAAUAGCUUUUUUCAUUAUGAUUCUCAUAGUAGGAGCAACUCAGUCCAUGCAAAGCAGGUAGCGGAGAAACUAGAGGCUUUCUUAGGCAGAAAAGGAGACAAAUUGGCCUUUGUGGAAGAGAAAGCCCCUGCUCAACAAAACAGCUAUGACUGUGGGAUGUACGUGAUAUGUAACACUGAGGCCUUGUGUCGGAACUACUUCAGGCAACAGCCAGAAUCGCUAUUGCAGCUACUCACUCCUACGUACAUCACAAAGAAGAGAGGAGAAUGGAAAGAUCUCAUUGCCACACUUGCUAAAAAUUAGCUGUUGAAAUAUAUUUGUGACUUUUGAAGUCUCCUCUUUCUGCCUCUCCCCAUGUAUUGGAUGGCUGCAACCUCAGUGCCUGAGGGAAGAUGCCUGGUAGAGGGAAGAUGCCUGGUAGAGGAAAGACUGGAGAGAGCAUGCAUUCAGACCAACCUGGUAUUUGGAACUAACAGCAAAGAAAAACUUCCAUCAGAAAUCCUACACCAAUUAACACUCCUUCAUGCUAGAGUGAAUCCAGGAGCAGUGGGUGUCACAUUUUCCCAAAGUGGAGCCUAAGCCAACCUUUCUGCAUUUAACAAGUUAAUGAACAGCUUGUGGGUAACACUUUGCCCACUCUGGCCCAAUUUAGAAGGCUGCCAAAAGGAUAAGAUGUCAAUAUGCCACUCUCUGCUUGGCCAGGGUGCCAGCUGCAUCCUGCCUAAGUGCCUCUGCCCUCAGCCACUGGAGAGCAUGAUGUCCUUAGAGAAGUCGGCACCAGUAGGAUGAGGCUGCAGCGCGGGCCCGGCCUUUCCCCAAGCGGAAGAGAGCCUUGUCUCGGAUCCUGUGAGAGAAGCGAGUGGGACGUGGUAUUCUGAGCAGCCCAGGUUUGGCUUUGGGCCAGGCACUGAGUGGCAAACAAGAAGGAGCACAUUCCGGGAAGGCGAGGAGCCCUGCCAGCGCGAAGGAGGACCAGCCAGCAGGGCCUGCUGGGCGCCAGGUGCUCCUUGGCUCUGUGGAGGAUGCCCUGAUUCUGCAGUGCAGCUGCUAGGAGAGAGGAGCAGCACAGGGUCACCACCUCACCUAGCUCAAUAGGUGUCCUAAUGUCAUGGCCACCAGGCUAACGCCACAGUGGAACAACUGAAGGAUAGUUGAACCAAAUUCUCAGGGAAUUAGAGGAGCAUCCGCCAAUGCAAGCAGGUCUGUAUAAAUACACAUGGUUUAUAAAUGAGCGCAACAGAAGGUACGCUGGCCAGAGGACCAGGCUGGAGGACAGAAGGGAGAAACAGAGGGCCCUCCAGAGGGACAGGCACACACUCCUAUCACUCAAAGCCCUGGACCCCAAGAGGGCCUCCAAAGCCACCUACUCUACUGCACGCCUCUUGCCGUCUCUGAGCCUGGGGCAUGGAGACUGGAGACUUGGCACCUCUCAUGGCCUCUGGCUCAACCCAGCAAGUCUCAGAGAAUGGACCUGUUCUCCCUGCCCUUCAGCAAGGACCAGGGAGGGGAGGCGCUGGGGCAAGUAGGAUUAGUUCCCUGAAAAUCUGAUGGAAAGGAGUGAUUAAGGGGGCUGGUUCCCAAAAAAGGACGGGCAUUCAUCCAGUGUGGCAAUGUGGGGAGAAUGGAGCAGUGAGUUUCACCUGAGACAUACAGAUUUAGUGCAGGUAUCCCACAAGGCCAGGCUCUAAGCCAAAUCCUAGAACCUGGGAUGGGGAGAGAAUGAAGAGACCUCCAGUCUGAGUUUAGGAAGUUGUCACCUCCUGUCAGUCCCUCCAGUCUUCAUUUGGGUUUGUCAUAAAUAGGCCAGACAGUCACAGCUCCACAGUAAAUAAUUUCCACCUGGAUUUCUCCCUAGUUAACCUCUCAGGUGUCUGAAGAGGGAAAAAGUGGCUCUUUCUGACACCACCCACCCCAUCACCAGUGACUUUCCCUGAUAUGUCUGGCCUCCUCACUAAGGCCUUUCCAGAACCUACAAAGGCACUCUCUUAGCAUAUCGGAGUCCCAGAGAGAACAGGCCAGAGUUUAAGGCACAGGGAAGCUUUUAGAAUUGAGGAGACCUUGACAGAGAAGGAAGAAUCUCUAAGGCAAAGCCACUACCAUGUCCACUCUUGCUAUCCUCUACCUCUCUUGUCCCCAAAGGUAUCAGACAGACCCCCUUGGCCUGGUCCCUGCACUGUCCCAGGCCCACCUUGGACACCUCCAUUACACUCAUGGAGAACAGAGCCCGUGGAGUGGAGGACCCUCCUGCAUGGCCUGCAGGUGACAUGGUGAGCUCUGCCCUGUGGUGGCCCAGCACCAUCGUGCCCAGUGCCCAGCCAAGCUCGACAGGCUGCCAUUGGCCACACCCAAAAUCCAGGCAGUCAGGCAGAGAGUACAAAGCAAGACCUCAGAUCAAAGCCACUGCCCUUCCCAUCCCCCACUUCCCACCUGGGGCACCUUGGAAAUGUUUGAGCACACCAGGGAAAGAUCCAGUACCUGGUCUGCGACCACAGUGAUCAAAAGGCCCUGCUCCACCUGUCUCACCAGGAAAAAGCAGCUGAGGACACAGAAUGCUGGACCUCUAUUCUCCUUCACAGCCACUGCCACAGUCCCCUGCUGCAGGUAGUGUCCUCUCAGAUUCAGCCAGCCUCCUCAUGAGGGGCCAGAACAGAGCCUCUGCACAGAGCGUGAACACUCCUCUUGCUGGAAUCCUGGCCACAGGCCCUCCCUCCUCUCCUCAUUCAUAGCUUACCUCACUCCCUCCAGUCUGCCCUGCAUGGGUCCCUGGCUGACUGCAGAGAAGUCCUUUGGGCCCCAAAACAGGGACUCUCAGGUGUCCAAGUGAGAGCACAGUAUGCUGGGAGAGAGCAGAGCCCACACUGGUGGUUUGGGUUCUGGCCUCUGUCCCACCACUGGAGUGAGCCAAGUGACAGGUAUCAAAGCAUGGCCUUUGUCCCUUGCAGUGACCCCAAGUGCUCUUCCUGUGUGUCAGAGCUGUUUCCAAGGAACAAGUUAAAAAUUUUUUUUCAUUUAAGUGGUUGCUGAGGCUUAGUGUAGAGAAUUCCUCAGCUAGAUCCAAAAAUCUGGCUUUUUGUCUGAGUCCCAAAAUUGUAGGAGCUUUGUAAACAGGUACUAAAGAUCACUCAUUAAAGGAGGGAGAAGAGUUGGGGGGAGGAGGAGGGAUCUGGAAUAUUUUCUUUCAGACUCAGUCUCAGCACAGCAGCAGCAUAAACCAAGGGGAUUGUUGGUGGCACCUUAGCACCCAGAGCAUUCUUCUUGGAGGAGUGGGGACAAAGACCAAGUGGCUGUUACCUGCACACAGAAGAGAUGACCAUGUCAGACAAAGGGCCUAGAAGGCAGACAGAUGAGUCAGUGAAGACUCUGUCCACCCAUGAGAGGGGGUCCAGGUGGGAUCUGUGUACCCUGCCCAACCUUGCUGAGGGCCAUCAAGCCAGCUCAAGGGCAAGGCCAAGACCAGCCAGACUAACAAGCAGCCUGGCCAUAGGUUUUGGCUGCUGUCCCUAACCCUCAAUCCCAGAAGCAUGAGAAAGAGAAAGGGCAUCACCUGUGCCCAGGGACUGAGCUGCCCCAAUUCAGGGAGCAUAACUGCUGUUCUAGCCGGGAGAUGCGGAACGCCAGGUACGACGAAGACAUGACCAAGAAGCAGAUCCUGGAGAAAGAGGGGUAAGGAGGAAUUGAAUCUCUCUUCUAGAAACGGGGCAUUUUCACAGAAUCACCAAAAACAGGAGUGGGACUAAGCUAGUUCCUGCAGUUGGAAGAAUUAAAGAACCCUUUGCCUGCAGUUAUGUUCUAGACCUAGGCAUCUUUUUUCCCAGACGCCACAUGGGGGUCCUGAGACUCGUCCCCAUGGAGGUGUCCUUGAAGCCCAGCAGGAGUUCUGGGUCCUUCAGCUGAGCCCACCUUCCCUCUGACCAGCCACCUUGGUCCUACGCCCCCUCUGCGAGGCCACUAAGAUUACCCGCUAAGGCGGUAGCCCUUCCCCCAGCAAGUGCUGAGGUUGACAGUCAGUCAAAACCCAGCCAGCAGAGCCAGAGGAAGGUGAUGAGGUAAGGCGAGGGAAUCCAGAGGCUGGCUCUUCAUAAAACAUCCCACCAUGCUCACUGCUCUACUUAGGCAGAAUUACAGACAAGCCUGGGCUUCCAGAAAACACCCCAGUGGUGGGCAGUGGGAAGGCCAUGGCUCUCCCUUAGUCUGUCUGAUGGGCCUCUCAGAUUUUCCCAACCCUCCUCCUCCCCAAUCCUGUGCAACUUUUUCUUUCUUCAACAGUUUCAUGUCUUGCCCCUCUCCACAGCCUUAACCCUAAGUUACAGGGUUGUAAGGAUGAAAACUGGAAAUACUUUAUCUUGCUCUAGAAGAGCCUGCUGCACAGCCGCCAGACGCCACCUGGGAGCUUGAAGUUGACUCAGAACCUUCCCCUCGCUCUGGACACUGACCUCCCCACACACCAAGGCCCCGGCUUUAAACACUAAGACACCCACCACCCUCCAUACAGUCACCUACAGCACGAAGAAGACCUUCAGGAGCCCGUGAUCCCAGAGCCUCAGCUCCCUGUUGCUCUUGGGCUCCUCCUCCAGCUUCUCCUCCUCACAGUCUGCAUUCUCUGCAACAGGAUGGCGUUAGGCAUCUUCCUGGGGCAGAAGGCAGGACCCCAGCCCACUCCCCCACCCGUAUUCUCUGAAGCCGCUUGGGCUCUUGGCUUUCCCUUAUGGAUUUGGAGAAAGAAAGAAACAGCUCUCAGAAGCCCUGCUGGCUGUGAUGACCUCUUUUUGCAGAAGUGGGAGGCGGGAAAGCCUGGUCUUUGCAAGCAGUUGCCAUGGACAAGCACGCUGAACUCACCAGACCCCACAGGCUUCCUGGAGGGGAAGAAGUCAUCCGUGGAGUCCAUGGAUGCCCGAGGGAUACAAGGGAUGUUGUCUGGGAGGGACAGGGACCUGGAGGCAGGGCACACUUUUCUCCACUUCAUCUCAGGGAUGAGGACUUCCUGCGGAGAAGGCAGGAGAAGCUGUCUCACCGUGGCCCUUGGGACCUCACUUGCCCUAAGGGGUUCACGCUAGAUUUAUCAAAGCCUUUCCAGAUAUUACCAAUCAGUACGGAUGCCUAGCAAGCAUGAAGGCAGGUGCCAGAAGCGGGGACACCACUGCCAUAGCGAUCACGUGGCUCAUCUGCUCCCUUGCUGUGACCAGCCACUCUUCCAGGGAAUGGUGUCUUUGAAGACUGCCAGUGUAGGACCACAGUGGAAUCUAAGACAUGAGCCAUCCCAGGUACAUGUUCAGAUCGGCUGAGUCCAAGAGAGUUUGGCACUAUAUAUCUUAGAUGGAAUAAGUUGUGACUCCUGCUAAUCUGGGCUCUAACCCUAUGUCACUAACCUUGACUCAAGGUCCCCAUCAAUAAAAAGGGGAACAUCACCUUCCAUCCCCUGCAUGGCGUUGUGCAUAUCGUAUGCUUGGCUAAACGCUUAAUCGUUACUGAAGGAGACUUCAAACACCCUGGGGUCAUUUCCACCCCCCACCCCUGCUCUAGAAACUCUGCUUACCCAGGAUCUCAGGAGCAAAAGAAACAGCUGGGACCUUGGCCAAUCUAAAAGGAGCCUGCCUCGGUUCUGACUGCCUUCAGAGCUCUUCCCCCGGGACAUCUCCAGCCCCUUGAAGGCCCUCCUGACUCUGCUAAAGGAAAGAGGAUGGGUUGCUGGCUCUGUACCCGUGAAGGUAAGGAGCUGGAACCUGGAACCUGCAGACCCCAGCGCUCCGUCCCUCUCGGCAGUGUCACCGGGCAAAGUCAAAUUCUCUUCUUCAAGAACAGAAUUACUGGGACUUCCCCGGUGAUCCACUGGGUAAGACUCCGCGCUCCCAAUGCAGGGGGCCGGGGUUCGAUCCCUGGUCAGGGAACUUGAUCCCACACGCGUGCAGCAACUGAAAGUGCACAUGCCGCAACUAAAGAUCCCACGUGCCACAACAAAGAUCCCGACGCAGUGCAGCCAAAAUAAAUAAAUAUUUUUUAAAAAAAUAAAAGAA